AUGGAUAUUGAUCAACAUACACCCACAUCAACUAGAGUCACCACCCUAUCGAACCAAACCCCUAAACGAGCCCGAAAUUCACCAACUCCUAGUCCGCCAGACGUAGAAUCUCAAGACCCUCAACAAAAUGAUGAUAAAUUCCAAUACCAACGACGCAAACAACCCUACGAAGAAGAAUUCGGACCAGAAAAUCUUCAUUGGUCUCGGGAAACAGCAAUUAUUUGUUUUGGAUACGCCAUCUUCAAGCAUCGAAUGAGUUCGACUAAACGGCUCCAGUCCCAUGAGAAUGACAAUUUUGACCGUAAUGAUUGUCCAAGUAUACCGGUUAUUGGUGAUGAUAUUACUGAAGCUGAAGUAUUGAACGUAAUCAAAAAUUUGAAAAGAGGUUAA